AUGGAAAAGGUCGUUACUAUGAGAGAGAUAAUAACAAAUACUAGGAAGAUAAAAUUGCAUGAAAAUUUUUUAGAAGAUUGCAACCUAAAAGAUACAUUUUAUAACGCUUUAGAAUCCGUAAAUUGUGGAUAUAAUGAUUAUGUAAAUAUAAAAACAUGGCUUUUUGCUACUUCAGAAAAAUUAUUUUCCAACAACUCUGAAGAAUUGGCAUAUAUUGCAUGUGAUGCUUUAAAAGUACUUCUAUGUAAUAGCAAGUAUUUGCAUGUAAUUAUUUAUAAAUUGCUUAAAAAAAAUUUAGAAAAAUAUAUACUAAAGAUUAUGGGAAUAUGCUGUUUAACAGUUGCCUCAAGAAUGCAGCAAAUAAAUCAAACAACAUGUUUUAAAGAAAUAUUACAAUUACACAAUUUAAGUAACAUAAUAACUGAAUAUAAUAUAAGGCAAAUAGAGAUUGAUGUUUUUGUUUCCUUGGCUCAUUCAGGUUUUUGUUUUGAAAAAACAAUUACACCUGUUAAUGAACUGCAUGAAAUUAUGAAUUUUAUAGAAGAAUAUGAGCAGCUUUUUGAACCUGGAGAUUUUCUAAUAUUUAAAACCGCAAAUAACUUAAUGUUAAAAAUUAUUUAUUGUAUGGUACCAGUAUUUAAUAUGAACGUAUAUAAUUAUUCUAUUGUUAAUUAUGUAUUAAGAUUAUUUAUAACGGAUAAUGAAAAAUAUAUUUAUGCUUUUCAGAAAUUAAAAGAGCAUUACCAUGAUAAAGAAAUUAUUCAUAUAUCAAGUUUUCAAAAUCAUAUGUUUAAUAUUAUUAGCGCAUUCAAAAAUAUUUCGAUAUUUUCAGCAAAAGAUUAUAUCCUAAAAAAUCAAAAGGAUAUCGAAUUAUUUGAUAUUAUAAAUACAAAAAUUGAAAUACUUUGGAACAAUAAAGAAAAAGAAAAAACGGAAAGUAGAGACUCAUAG